GGGCGGGAGGGUAGGACGUUGUUGGACCUUAUCUUCUAAGACCGUAAUUGUGGUAAUUGUGAUAAUAACAACAACAAUAACUAUUAACUCUUUUGAUUGACUGAUUACUAGUUCGUAUUUACCAUUUUCUGUCUUAGGUACAACUUACGUCGUGCACCGCAGAGUUGUCUCUAGAUUGAUAUUCGUGACGAAUACUCGAAUUGUUUUAUCUGUCGAGUACGUUGUACUUGGAAUAUUGCAGUUAGGUGCGUGGUAGGUUUUUUUUAUCGACGAGUGAAUUUCGUGGUGACCGUCCAAUCUUACCUCGAUCUAACGAUGAACAGCAGCGACAGCGAUGAUCUGACCGAAGAAUUUUUAACAGACGACCAUCAAAAUUUCUUAUCCCAAGGACAAGAUACGCAAGAUGGCGUGGAAAUGGUAACUUUGGACAAUACAGAUGACUCAUCAAAUCAAGGAGAAGUUUAUGAACUUAAAUUUGGCAAACCACUUCGAGAACAAGACAGAUUCCUUCCUAUUGCUAAUAUUGCAAAAAUUAUGAAAAAAUCUAUACCAGACGGUGGAAAGAUAGCAAAAGAUGCUCGAGAAUGUGUACAAGAAUGUGUUUCGGAAUUUAUAAGUUUCAUAACCAGUGAAGCUAGUGAUAGAUGUUUCCAAGAAAAACGUAAGACUAUUAAUGGAGAAGAUAUUCUCUAUGCAAUGUCUAAUUUAGGUUUUGACAACUAUGUAGAACCCUUGAAACUUUAUUUGCAAAAAUAUAGAGAGGCUACAAAAGGAGACAAAUCAAUUGGAAUUGAAGAACUGUCGGACGAUGUGUUUUCCAACGAUACAAGUUAUACAAAAAUAUUUGGGCAAAACAGUCAAAGUGAAUCCGUCAUUUACUAUCAAGAUCCAAUUCAACAAUUCCACAUAGUAUAGUUUAAUUUUUUUUUCUUAUUAUUAUUACUCUGUCAUUAGACUGUAACCAUAAUUAUUGCAAAUAAGGUAUUGCACUAAUUGUAGAUUUUAUAUAAGAUAUAUUCAGUUAAGUAUAUUUUAUAUACUAUAUGUUGUACUAUAAAAAUAUUGAUCUAAACUUAGAUUUUUUUUUUUUGUAUUUCUGAUUGGAAAAUUCAAUACCACAUUACUUAAGCAAAUUCAUUAUAGGUACUAUAAGAUUCUCUAAAUAUAUAAUAUAAUAUGUGCAUUCAGCAUUGUACAUAGAUUUUGAAGUACAACUGUUUAUUUGAGUGACCAUCAAUGGACAUUAUCAUAAUACGAACAUAAAUAAUUAUUAUAUUUGUAUUUCUUGUUGUUCAGUUGUUGCCAAUUUCCAUUUUAUUUGUGUCUACUUAAAUAUUUUUUAUCUGUAAAUACAACUGUUCAUUUAUUAAUAUAAUAUAUUUUCUUAAGACCGUAA